UACGCCCCGCUCAUGUGAUCGUGACCUUGUAAAGUAAAGCUGCCGGGAGAAACCGGCUUAUUACAGCAGGUGCCCGGUGUCUGAGAGCAACUUAUACCACCAGCAUAUUAAGGUCAUGGCCGGUCACUGCGGAAGAGGCACCUCAGUACUUCUCCGGGCUCUGCUGGAGGCGGAAACACGGCCAGGACAGAUUCUGAUACGGAGAGCUAAGAAACAUCACGGAAUUCGUCACUUGAGCUCUUGUGGAAUUCUUUCUCCGCAAUGCCAAAAGCUCCCGCUGCCAUCUGUAAAUCAUGAGCAGACAAGAACGUUCCUGAACCUUGCAGUACCACUCUUGGGGAACAAACGCAUAGACUACUCUGAAUCCCGAGUCCUGGGCUAUUCCAUGGACCAGAUGUUUGAUGUUGUCGCUAAUGUUGGUGACUACAAGAUUUUCGUGCCUUGGUGCAAUAAAUCCAAAGUUUUGUCCUGCCAAAAAGGUCUGAUCAAAGCCGAGCUUGAAGUGGGUUUCCCACCUUUUGUGGAGCGCUAUGUGUCAGAAAUCUCCAUAAUCCCAGGCCAUAAAAUCAGGGCUGUCUGUAAUGAUGGGAAACUUUUCAGUCACCUGGAGACUGUAUGGAGAUUUAACCCUGGGUUAACUGGACGGCCUGACACCUGCACAUUAGAUUUCUAUGUAUCAUUUGAAUUCAAAUCCCUCCUCCAUUCGCAACUCGCUACACUCUUCUUUGAUGAGGUGGUCAAACAGAUGGUGUCUGCAUUUGAGCAUCAGGCAUCUAGGAUACAUGGCCAGCAAGCAGUUCCUGUGCAAGGCCAGAAAGCACGGGCUGUGCGUUGAUAGUAUGAACUAUGUCACUGUGAACUCUUAGCAUCCUUAUUGGAUACCUUUAUCCUCCGGCUCUGCUUCCAUAACCCUGGAACUUAUAGCAAACCUGGAUGCAUUAUUUCUCCUUCGGGAGAGGCUCUUGGAUGAUCAGUGAUAGGCACAUCCUGCAUCUAAGAAAUGGACCAACUACACUCACUUUGCACAUCUGUUCCUUAUUUAUGUUUAUUUAAACAAAGUGUCACCUUUUUGUGAGAGCUGUUAAAUUAUUUUUUUUAAAAACUAUUUUGUCUAUUUAAAUUGUUUAUUAGAAACAAAACCAAUGUAUUUAUAAAAAAAAAAGAUGGGACCUAUUUUGACUAUUUUAUUAUAUUUUCAGAACACCAUUUUGAAUGUAAUUUAUAAUAUAUUUUAGUAAUAUUCUAAUUUUAUUGACAAAGUAUAUGCAAAAUAAAAAUUAUUCAAAUUCGAGGUUUGUUUAGAGGUCUUUUAAACACAACCUGCCAGACCAUUUUAUAUGUAAUGAGCAUUUAUGUGGAGCCGUAUUGAAAACCAGUUUAGCAUGUUAGAAUGUCUUAUUAAAUGCUGCAGUCAGAAGCAUGGUGCAAAAGAUUCUAAAUAGAGAAUAGAACUAUCCACACUGCAUUGUUUGUCAGGGAAAGAAAAAAUGUGCUUACCUGUUUGUGCACUUCAGCACAAAUGAGAGGGGGGAGGUGUACUAGGUUACGCUCACCACAAUAAAAGUAAAUCCAUGUUUGACUGUAGUAAAUACUCUUCAAUAUAGACUUUUAUUGCGGUUGUUCUGAUGAUGGUUAUGACAUGCACAUGUGGUUCUGUCUCCAAAUCCAUUUAUCAAGAAUUUUGGAAUCUGUGCUUGAAUACAAAUUGAUUAGGUUAACAUGAUUGUUUUAAAAAAAAAAGUCAGCACACUGUAGGGUUUUUCAGAUCUACAGACACAAAAGGGAUGUGUCCUUUUAACCCUUUCGAGUCAGGGCUAAAGUGCCUACAUUGGAACAACUGUUCCGAUGUAGACAAAUUGAAACCACGUGAUUGUGCACACGAUCGCAAGAUUUCAAUUAUUGGAUCGCGUCUGGGGGGCGUCCCUACAACCAUAGGAACGCCCCCAAGACUGCGAUCAAGUCCUGACAGCACCGUUGGCUAUGACGUUCUAUUCCAUCAUAACGGCUUUAAAGCCCAGUCUAAUUAUGACGGAAUAGAACGGCAUAACAGCUUUAAAAGGUUAAAACCUCUACCUUCUCUGCUGCAGUCAUUUUGUAAGCCAGAUAUUGCCUAACGAUCUUGUGCCCUGUUAGUUGAUAUUUUAGAUUCACUGUGUAUGUCGCCUUCUCUUGCAUGCUCUCGAUCUGGACUUUUCUCCAUGCUCCAGUAUGUGGACACCUCAUUCCUUGGGGAGUGGAGAAAAUCAUUUGAUGUAACUUACAAUAAAAGGAUGCAAUUUAAAAAAA